AUGUUUAGAUCGAACACACUCAGACUCAUCUCGCACUCGGUAAAGUCCUCUGCCAGAAGGUCCUUGGUUGUACCUCGCCCAGCAGGCUUUCAGGUAUCCAGAAGACUGUUCUCAUCAGAUGCUGAGGAUGAAAAUAAGAGACUUGAAAAGCUUGUCACCGAUUUGAGAACAAACCCGAAAAUCGCCUCUGCAUUGGAAAAUUUUCAGGAAUUGCUCGUCUCCAAGGGAUUUCAACCUGACAAGAAGCCAUCGAUGAUGCAAAUGAUGCUGAUUUUGACCGAUAAGGAAAUCAAAUCUUCCAUCAGCGAUUUAAGAGCCCAGUUGGAAGAGGCUAAUAUCAAGUUCACGCAAAAGGAUGUUGAUGCGUUCAUGAAACUCUUCGGAAUGAACAUGAAGUAG